AUGACCUCGGCGGGGGAGGCGGCCGGUUCCCCCCCGCUGCCCGCCGCGGUCGGCGGCCAUCGGCGAAGCCCCCUGGACCGGCUCCCACCCCCCGCCAACACCACCAAACCGCUGACCCCUUUCGGCAUCGAGGACAUCCUGGGGCGUCCCCGCGGCGGGAGCCCCCCCGGGACUGGUACCGGUCCCGCCGCCCCCCCCACCCCGGCGGGGCCCCGCGGCGGCGGCGGCUGCGCCCCGGCCUCGCCGCUCUGGGCGCUGGAGGAACUCGCCAGUAAAACCUUCCAGGGGCUGGAGCUGGGAAUGCUGCAAGCAGCCGGAGGUCCGUCCCCGCCGGGCGCCCCGGGCCCGCGCCCUCCCUGCAGGAAGCGUCGCAAGUCCCGGACCGCGUUCACGGCGCAGCAGCUGCGGGAGCUGGAGCAGCGGUUCCGGCGGCAGCGCUACCUCUCCCCGGUGGACCGGGACGCGCUGGCGGCGCGGCUGGCGCUCUCCGCCGCCCAGGUCAUCACCUGGUUCCAGAACCGCCGCGCCAAGCUCAAGCGGGACCUGGAGGAGCUGCGGGCGGACGUGGCCUCGCUGCAGGCGCUGCCCCCCGCCGCCCUCCAGCAGCUGGCGGGGCUGCCCGAGCCCCCGGGGGCUCCCGGCACCGCGGCGCCCGCCGAGCUCUCGGAGGAGGAGAUCGACGUGGCGGACUGA